CAAUUAUCUUAAUUCUGAUCAUCUUAAUUUUGCAAGCAGUUAAAAAAUGGAUUGUGGAUUCGUGAUCGUUUUGCUUUUGAUCUGUGUUUCAAUUGUGUAUUUGAGUUUGUGAUCCCUCGAUCUUGAUCUCUGUUUGUGUCGCAAUUGAUUGCUGUGUUCUUCGGUCGCUGUGAAUCUGUGUUUAUCAAUAUCUGUACUCGAUCUUGAAUGUCUCUAUCAUCUCCCUCGUAUGCUCUCUCAUCCUUUGUAGCUUCAUAACAACGAUCAGCCUGGUAUGAUCUUGAUUUCCAAGAAAUUAUGAGGCUCUGAGAAUUAUGCUUCUUGAAGCAGUCCUUACAGAUUGCUCUUUCGCGAAGAAUAAAUUGGUAAUUGUUACUGCUGUCUGCAAGAAGAUGAUGGGGUCGAAUAUAGGUGUCCUUGUAUUGUUAUUUUUAGUGGUGGCACAAGCAAAAGACAAAAUCAAUUUACUGAUGCUUAGCAAUCCCACAAAAAACAACAAAAUGUGACUGUUACAAAUUGUAACAUACCCAACUCCCAACCGUUUCAGCAAUCUUUUUACUAAAUUAAUCUUGAUCUUAUCGUUACACGUUCCCCUUUAAUAAAACCAGCAGCGAAAUCCACAAGGACCAGGCAGUUUCAUAUAAACCAGCAGUUGGUUUAUAAUUUACUACUUCAGUUUUAAGCUUUACCUCUAGAUAUCCACCCAUUCCGUAGCUGUAAAUUUGAGUUUAAGGUUCAAAAUGGAGAUGCAGGGAGAUCAUGGUUUUGGGAACUAUAGCACAUGCAAUGGCGAGAUUCAAGAAAUUUGGGACAAGGUUAUGCAGUACUCAGCUGAUCAGGUGUCGGUUCUUGAGCAAUUGUUUGUGGAGUGUCAGAAACCAAGUCAUGAUAUGAGGAUUGCAAUGAUUCGUGAGAAUGCUGUUCUUUCUAACCUUGACUCGCAGCAGAUCCAUGUCUGGUUUGAAACCCGCAGGAUUGUUGAGAAAAAGAAAAAAAUCGCCUGUGAGUUUAAUUUGCUGAAUGAGCAGAUGGCUGCAAUUGGGAGACUGCUGCUUUUAGAAAAUCAUUCCCUUCAUGGUAUGGUGCAGGAGUUGCUGAGAGAGAAGAAGUAUCUUAACAAGCUGCUGGAAUAUGCUUCACUUGAAUCUUUUCCUGCUUUGGAAGUUCAAAGAUCUGAUUCUAAGAGUGUGAAGAUAUCUGCAGAGAAGUGGCUACUUCUGUUGAAACAUGAUUAUCUUCGUUGCGAGGUGCAGCAGUUGCACAAGGAGAAAGAAUAUAUUCUGAAACUACUGGAAAAUGUAUCAAACUCUGAGUCUAUAGUCAACUCUUACCUAUCUUGGCCUGCAGCUGCUCGUACUUCCAACGGAAACUCUUCAGUGCCGUCCACUCAAGGACAUCAAGCUGGUUCUUCAGGGAUCUGAAGAGUCUCCGACUGCUGUUGUUCCUGCCUUUCUGACGCAGGGCUUUCAUGUUCUGGUAGGUCGCUACUCUGCGUUAGAGGCAUGGAGCUAUUUCUAAAAUGAACCAGCUGCUCUAAGGAAUGUCAAAUUUGUUCUUUGUUUGAAGUGUGCGCAUAAGUCAAUCUGUGUAACUUUUACUAUGUUACUUCGAACUCCAACUGUUCUCUUGCUAUGUUUGUGUGUAACUAUGACUGUUUGUUGUGUCUGAGAGGCUGAACUCUCAAGUGUUUGGCUGCUGAAUUUGCCUAUAUCAAUAAUUGACUGUUUUGCGACCUA